CCCAGAGGCUGUCGGGAAGUAGGCGGGUGACGUGAGGUUGACGUGCUCAGCGGCGGGUUUGCCGAGAUCAGUGGCCGGCGGCAGCGGGUGCCGGGGGCGGCCGGAGUCCGAAGUGGAGCGGGGCGGCGUGUGGCCGGGGCCAUGACGGGCAAUGCCGGGGAGUGGUGCCUCAUGGAAAGCGACCCCGGGGUCUUCACCGAGCUCAUUAAAGGAUUCGGUUGCCGAGGAGCCCAAGUAGAAGAAAUAUGGAGUUUAGAGCCUGAGAAUUUUGAAAAAUUAAAGCCAGUUCACGGGUUAAUUUUCCUUUUCAAGUGGCAGCCAGGAGAAGAACCGGCAGGCUCGGUGGUUCAGGACUCUAGACUUGACACGAUAUUUUUUGCUAAGCAGGUAAUUAAUAAUGCUUGUGCUACUCAAGCCAUAGUCAGCGUGCUACUGAACUGCACCCAUCAAGACGUCCACUUAGGAGAGACCUUAUCAGAGUUUAAAGAAUUUUCACAGAGCUUCGAUGCAGCUAUGAAAGGUUUGGCACUGAGCAAUUCGGAUGUGAUCCGACAAGUACACAACAGCUUUGCCAGACAGCAAAUGUUUGAAUUUGAUGCAAAGACAUCAGCAAAAGAAGAAGACGCUUUUCACUUUGUCAGUUAUGUGCCAGUUAAUGGAAGACUAUAUGAAUUAGACGGAUUAAGAGAAGGACCGAUUGAUUUAGGUGCGUGCAAUCAGGAUGACUGGAUCGGUGCGGUGAGGCCAGUCAUUGAGAAAAGGAUCCAGAAGUACAGUGAAGGUGAAAUCCGAUUUAACUUAAUGGCCAUAGUGUCUGACAGAAAAAUGAUAUAUGAACAGAAGAUAGCAGAAUUACAAAGACAGCUUGCUGAGGAACCCAUGGAUACAGAUCAGGGUAGCAUGUUAAGUGCUAUUCAGUCAGAGGUUGCCAAAAACCAGAUGCUUAUUGAAGAGGAAGUACAGAAAUUAAAAAGAUACAAGAUUGAAAAUAUCAGAAGGAAGCACAAUUACCUGCCCUUCAUCAUGGAGUUACUAAAGACGUUAGCAGAACACCAGCAGCUAAUACCCCUGGUAGAAAAGGCAAAAGAAAAACAGAAUGCAAAGAAGGCACAGGAAACCAAAUGAAGAAGAUGCUUUGGGAUGUGUUCACAUUUCCACUUCUGCACUUAUUUUCAUGGAAACGUUAAGUAUGAAGAACUUUUGAGCAACACCCUCUCGACUCUGCACGUUUGGCAGCAGUACCCGUCUGUCUUGUCUGUAAUGCAUGGACUCAUCCACCUUCCCUACUGCGUCAUGUGCAUGUAGUGCCUAUUAAAUAAAAGGAUGCUAAGAGUGCCUGCCCAAAUGCCAUUGUGUGACAUUGGACCUGAGGACUUCUCUUGGUUCUCUGGAUGUAGAAGUACCGUAAUGAACCUAGAAAAUGCACAAAUGAUAUUCUCUAUCUGUAACUGUUACAAUUAAUCUUUCGAUCUCGUAGCUCAGUUAAAUGCUUAAAAUUUAUAAACGUCAGUUCUCGAUUAAAUUGGAUCUCGUUUCUUUUCAUCAUGAUCUAAUGAAAAAAAUCAGUAUUUCUGUGUUUCAUACCUAAAUAUUUUGAGGGUUUUAAAAGUGAAUUUUAUCUCCCAUACCAAUUAUUUGAAACAGUAUGGUUUUAAUGAAAAUCAUUUGAAAAGGACAAAAGUACAGUUUCUAGUGAUUUUCACUGCUGCCAGUAAAAAAAGUAAUAAACAUCCCAAUUUUAUUUUCACAAACUUU